CCUUGGGGAGGGGAGAGGAUACCCGGUGGGGGGAUCACCAUGCGAGCUGCGCUGACUUGGAAGGAUAAAGCUGAUCAGUGCAUUUAUGACCUUGCAUUUAAACCUGAUGGAACUCAACUGAUAAUUGCAGCUGGAAACAGAUUACUGGUGUAUGAUACUGAUGGAACGUUAAUCCAGCCCCUUAAAGGACACAAGGAAACCGUAUAUUGUGUGGCUUAUGCAAAGGAUGGGAAGCGUUUUGCAUCAGGGUCUGCAGACAAAACUGUAAUCAUCUGGACUUCGAAGCUAGAAGGCAUCCUGAAGUAUACGCACAAUGAUUCCAUACAAUGUGUCUCAUACAACCCAGUUACGCAUCAGUUGGCAUCUUGCUCCUCCAGUGAUUUUGGUCUAUGGUCUCCGGAACAGAAGUCAGUCUCCAAACAUAAAGUUAGUAGUAAGAUCACCUGUUGUAGUUGGACAAAUGAUGGACAGUACCUUGCUUUGGGGAUGUUCAAUGGUAUUGUCAGUAUAAGAAAUAAAAAUGGUGAAGAGAAAGUCAAAAUUGAACGACCAGGUGGAUCUUCAUCUCCAGUGUGGUCUAUUUGUUGGAAUCCGUCAAGAGAUGAACACAGUGAUGUCUUAGCUGUGGCAGACUGGGGACAAAGGCUUUCCUUUUAUCAGCUCAGUGGCAAACAAAUUGGAAAAGAUAGAGUCCUGAACUUUGACCCUUGCUGUGUCAGCUAUUUCUCAAAAGGAGAAUACAUCCUACUUGGAGGCUCAGACAAACAAGUAUCCCUCUAUACAAAGGAUGGGGUACGCCUUGGCACCAUUGGAGAACAGAGCACUUGGGUGUGGACAUGUAAAGCUAAACCGGAUUCUAAUUAUGUGGCAGUGGGGAGCCAGGAUGGGACCAUUUCAUUUUAUCAGCUGAUUUUCAGCACAGUCCAUGGCCUGUAUAAGGAUCGCUAUGCUUAUAGGGACAGCAUGACUGAUGUUAUCGUCCAGCAUCUGAUCACUGAGCAAAAAGUUAGAAUAAAAUGCAGAGAGCUUGUAAAAAAAAUUGCGAUCUACAAAAACAGAUUAGCAAUCCAAUUGCCAGAGAAAAUCCAGAUUUAUGAGCUAUAUUCUGAUGAUUCCUCGGACAUGUGUUAUCGUGUGAAGGAAAAGAUAAUGAAAAAAUUUGAAUGUAGCUUACUGGUUGUAUGCUCGGAUCAUAUUAUCUUAUGCCAGGAGAAAAGACUCCAGUGCCUUUCAUUCAGUGGUGUUAAAGAGAGAGAGUGGUUAAUGGAAUCUCUCAUUCGUUACAUAAAAGUAAUCGGUGGACCUCCACGCAGAGAAGGACUUCUAGUGGGUUUAAAGAAUGGCCAGAUUCUGAAGAUAUUUGUGGAUGACCCUUUUGUGAUCGUAUUGCUGAAACAAUCCUCGGCUGUGCGCUGCUUAGAUAUGAGUGCAUCUCGGAAUAAGCUGGCAGUAGUUGAUGAAAAUGACACCUGUCUAGUCUAUGAUAUUAAUACCAAAGAGUUGCUUUUCCAAGAACCCAAUGCUAAUAGUGUGGCUUGGAACACGCAAUGUGAGGAUAUGCUUUGCUUCUCUGGAGGGGGAUAUCUCAACAUCAAAGCUAGCAGCUUUCCUGUCCAUCAGCAAAAACUUCAGGGCUUUGUGGUGGGAUAUAAUGGUUCCAAAAUUUUUUGUCUCCAUGUUUUUUCCAUGACUGCUGUUGAAGUCCCCCAGUCGGCUCCCAUGUAUCAAUACUUGGAAAGAAAACAGUUCAAAGAAGCCUACCAGAUUGCUUGUUUAGGAGUAACUGACGCGGACUGGAAAGAACUGGCUAUGGAAGCUUUAGAAGGACUUGAAUUCGAAACGGCUAAGAAGGCAUUCACCAGAGUGCGAGAUCUUCGGUAUCUAGAAUUGAUCAGCAGCAUUGAGGAGAGGAAGAAGCGGGGACAGAACAACAAUGACCUGUUUCUAGCAGAUAUUUAUGCAUACCAGGGAAAGUUCCAUGAAGCAGCCAAACUGUACAGAAGGAGUGGCCAUGAGAACCUGGCUCUUGAUAUGUUCUCUGACUUGCGCAUGUUUGACUAUGCAAAGGAUUUCCUUGGUUCUGGAGACCCCAAAGAUACAAAGAUGCUAAUCACAAAACAAGCAGACUGGGCCAAGAACAUCAAUGAACCCAAAGCAGCAGUGGAGAUGUACAUUACUGCAGGCGAGCAUCUGAAGGCCAUAGAAAUCAGUGGUGAUCGUGGCUGGGUCGAUAUAUUAAUCGAUAUUGCCCGGAAGUUAGAUAAAGCGGAGCGUGAACCAUUGUCAAAAUGUGCCUACUAUUUCAAAAAAUUACUCAACCAUGGCUAUGCUGCAGAAACCUACAUGAAGAUUGGUGACCUAAAGGCCUUAAUACAGCUCCAUGUGGAGACGCAACAGUGGGAUGAGGCUUUUGCUUUGUGUGAAAAGCAUUCUGAAUUUAAGGAUAAUGUUUACGUUCCAUAUGCUCAGUGGUUGGCAGAAAAUGAUAGAUUUGAAGAGGCCCAAAAAGCAUUCCACAAGGCUGGCAGACAGACCGAAGCUGUAAAAGUGUUGGAACAAUUAACUCACAAUGCUGUGGUAGAAAGCCGAUUCAAUGAUGCAGCGUAUUAUUACUGGAUGCUGUCCAUGCAGUGUUUAGAUAUAGCUCAAGAGGACCCGCAGCAGAAGACUGAAAUGUUGCAGAAGUUUCACCACUUCCAGCACUUGGCAGAACUUUAUCAUGUCUAUCACUCCAUCCACAGAUACACUGAAGAACCCUUCAGUUUCCAUUUGCCUGAAACGCUCUUCAAUAUUUCUAGGUUUUUACUUCAUAGCCUGACUAAGGAAACUCCUCUGGGGAUCUCUAAAGUCAAUACAUUAUUUGCCCUGGCAAAGCAGAGCAAAGCUCUGGGCGCCUAUAAAUUGGCUCGUCACGCCUAUGACAAGUUGCAGGGGCUGCAGAUUCCAGCUCGAUUUCAGAAAUCAAUUGAGUUGGGAAGCCUGACAAUCCGAUCCAAGCCUUUCCAUGACAGUGAAGAGCUUGUGCCAUUGUGUUACCGCUGUUCUACCAACAACCCUUUGCUGAACAACUUGGGGAAUGUCUGCAUUAAUUGCAGGCAACCUUUUGUCUUCUCAGCGUCCUCUUAUGAAGUCUUGCACCUGGUUGAAUUCUUUUUGGAGGAAGGGAUCACUGAUGAAGAAGCUGUUGCUCUGAUUGAUCUGGAAGUUCCGAGAUUAAACAAAAGCGAUGAUAAAUGGCAAGAGCAGACAAGUGAUGAUUUCCAGACAAUGAGGCUUGUUUAUGAAGCAGAUGAGGUUGAAGAUGAUCCAUUUACAGCAAAACUGAGUUUUGAGCAAGGGGGCUCAGAAUUUGUUCCUGUGGUAGUGAACCGUGCUGUUCUCAGGUCAAUGAGCAGGAGAGAUGUGCUGAUUAAACGCUGGCCGAAGCCACUACGGUGGCAGUACUUCCGGUCGUUGUUACCUGAAGCCUCUAUUACCAUGUGCCCUUCCUGCUUUCAGAUGUUUCAUUCAGAAGACUAUGAAGUUGUGGUGCUCCAGCAUAAUUGUUGUCCAUAUUGUCGGAGGAAGAUAGAUGAAUCCUGCCAGUGAGGACUCCAGCCACUUGGCCAGGGGACAAUCCCAUUGUGCUAGGACAUCUUUUUGGGGAUUCCAGGCUUUCUUAAGAGUCUGUUCUGCCAUGUUAUACGAGAGAGAAAUUCAUAUUUUCCUACUUUUUGUGUAUUGAAUCAGUAAUUGAAGAGAAAAAACUGUCAAAAGCUACAUUUUGUGGUAAUUCCAAAGAAAAUAUGUACAUAUAUAUUUAUUUAUAACAAGUAUAAUAGAAGAAUUUGUAUGAUUGCUCUAUGACUUGGGUGUCUAUAAAAUAGAAAAGAUCUUAUAUAUGGAGCUAUACUUGGGGGAAGCUAUUAUGCUCUUGACAUUUUCAUGACAGUCUGUCAGUCUGUCAUGGUUUGAACAAUAGCCUUUUAGGGUGGAGACUGCCUAGAGAAAACUUGCUGAUGUUGCAAUUGCUAGCAUUCAUUCUGAAUCCCCACCCCAGCCCACUUGCAAUAUGUCUAUCAAAAUGCAUUGAUUUACUUUUUAAAAAAUUGUUUUUCUUUUGAAAAUAUGUUCUGGAGCUCUGUUGAAGCUGCUGUUGUGCAGAAACAAGCUACCAUAAUUUAAACAAGAUUA